CCGAGACAGAUAGUCACAAACCUUGCAAAGUUUAUUAAAGUUGAUUUUGCUUGUUGAUUUCUUGUUUUAAGUGUGAACCAUGAAGACAUUCGCUGCUGUUUUGGUGGCUUUUUACGCAGCAGUGUAUGGAGGGUUUUCAGUGGAGACAGAACGCAUUGGCGAGACCGUUCAAGAUCAGAGCAAACUGAACUUCUCUGCCGAACAGAUAUUAAAUUUUCGUUCUCUGGUGGCUCAGGUGGACAUACUUCAAAAGAAAACGAAAGAUCUCAUAAUGCCGAAGUUGCCGCAAAAUGUUACUAUCACGGUGUUAGAUUCUUUGGACCUCUCAGCGGAUAUCACUGUUUCAACUGUCAACAGGACGACAGAUGCAGGAGUUCUUGUUGAUGAUAUGGAGAGGUUUAUCAGAUUUGAAGCAGCUGUUGAUCUGGUGACUAAUACUUCGUGUGACGUCAAAGUACAGGAUGCAAGCCGAAAGUUAAGCCGCGUUUUAUGGAGUUUGAUCUCAUUAAUGAGAUCUGUGAUGAGAAAGAACUCCAUUGCGCAACCACCGCAACAAGACUUAAGCGGUUUGAGAGGGAAAUUAGACAAGAAAACAAAGGAAUUCUUGACAUUUAUCGGAGCGGGUGACAAGCAGAUCAUGGUUAACGGCCAAGUCAGACGAUCAGUUUUGAACAACGUCAGAAAUUACGUCAUCAUGCGCGAUUUGUCCGAGUCACUGCUCUUCUUUAAAAUUGACUUUGGAAAAUUGAUUAAUUAGAUGCUUUGAUCCCUUUGACCGGAAAGAUCGAUAUAAACGCUGUCUUUACUGAUUGUGAUGCAUCCAUUUAGUUAUGAGAAUAAAGUAGCAUGUCACAUCAAUAGUCUUCUGGUUGAACUUGACUUCUCCUAGCCUGUGUACAUUCACUGAAAAGCAGGAUGGGAGGGGGGCCUCCUCGCAGUGGGUGGUAGGCCGUGAUCUUAUGUAACUGUACUGGAAAUGCUUUCGCUCAGUUUAGAGUUGAAAUUUAAAAAGAGGAUUCUUAAACUUUAUGAAUGUCAAAUAAUCACUGACAAAUUGGCCAAGUGCUUUCGUUUAAAGGUUCUUUUUUCCACUGUUCUCCAGAGUGGAUUUAAUACUGUCAAUUAAUCGUUUCCAAAAUUUAAGUUCCGUC